CGUAGGAGUAACGGACGCGGCGCCUUCACCGCCGCAUCAGGGUCGGGACAAUGUCACCAACCCGACAUACCAAACGGUAGCGCAGACAAAUUGAUAAGCUGAAACGGGCACGCCGUGUAUCAUUUAUAAUAUGUUAUUUUUCCAUCAGGCCCGUUUCAGACCACCCCCGCUGGCCUGUAAAUUGAUUAAUCUUUUGAUCGCCAGCACUGUUAAAGGUCGGACGCCAUUUUCUCAUUGCGCCAAUUCGCCGCGUCGUAGACAAAGACCACAAACAACUCCGGUUCGUCGAUCUUAAGGUAGCCUGUCCGUGUUUUGUUUUACCGGUUUAAUUUUUUUUUUUCCAUUUGUCAAUCGUUUUUUUAACGUUGUAAUCUCGGCGUGGCAACAGCGUUCGGUUUUCGUUGUUCGUUUUCCCCCGUCGCGUCGUCCCUCGUUUGCAUUUCAACUUUGAGCGGUGCUCGUAUCGCCGUCGUUCGACCUUCACUCGUUCGUACCGCAAUGGCCGCCGUCCGGCGAUCCGCUCGUUAACGAGUUUUGUUAUUUUUUUAAGCGACCGAAUUGUUUCGCGCGAUUCGCAUAACACAACAUAUAUAUUUUUGAGUGUACAACGCUUAAUUCAUCCGCCAACUUUUCAUUUUCACCGGACGUUCAUCACAAAUAAGAUGGGUGUAUGUUUUAUAUGUGAUACAAAAUUGUACGGUGAACGUACACGGGUGUGUUCAAGCAUUACACCACAUAGUAAUGUAUCUUACCCAGAAAAAAUUGCUGAGCUUAUAGGAGAUGAAGCUGUGGUUAUUGUAACCCCUAAUGAUUAUAUAUGCAAGAAAUGUAACUCACUUUUGACUCAUAUGGACAAGACGGAAAAUGAUCUGAAACUUGUUAAAAAUGCAAUGUUGUCAUAUAUACAAAAGAAAUAUGGACUAUUGCCUCCUGAUCAUACUUUUAAGGAUGUUAAUAUUGUCAAUGGACACUUAGAGGCAGAGGAUCAAUUAGAACAAGGUCAGCGUAAAGUAUCUAGUGGUCUGACAAUAGGAGUUUCUUCUACUGUAACUACUGCUGCCCUUGUUAUGCCGGUCCAAACUCCAUUAAAAUUGUUAAAAACACAACAACAACCACAGCAGCAGCAACAACAACAACCACAGCAGCAGCAACAACAACAACCACCAACACAACAAGAAAACACUAACAAAAUGAAAGUAUACAAAUGCGGCUUUUGUACAUUCCAAUCAAAAGAUCUUGGGCAUGUUCGAUUCCACAUGCGCAAUCAUGUGAACAAAAAGGAGCCAGAAAAACCUAUUCUAAACCAAGCAACGGAUAAAGAAUUAACCCCAGUACCGCAACAGAAGAGGCGAAUUUAUAGAUGUCAAGUAUGUUCUAAAUCCUUUAAUUGUCGAAUUGAUUGCCUUGAUCACAUUCAGAAAGAUCAUAAUCAGUUAACUCCAUCAACCUCAAAUGCAAAAAGAGGAACUGAAGAUUCUUGUCCGGUUAUAACUAAAGUUAUGAAACCAGAACCACCCAAGACUCAAGAAAAUAAUCAACAAGCAGAGUCUCCUAUGGACGUAGACAAAAAUCAACAGGGUAACAUCAAAGGAACUGUUGACAUGGAUAUGAUGUUGAAUGACCAUGUCCCCUCUGAAGGAUCUGCAGAUGUUGAACAAAAAGAAGAAACUGAAAACUCUCAGGAAGAUAAGACUGUAAAAGAAGCCAAAUCGGAAAUAAAACCUGAGCCUGCACAUGAAAAAGCUACUGAAGAAGAAGAAGAUACAGCUGCGCUUGGACAAGAAGAAGUUGAUCAAGAAACUCCUGACAGUAUUAAGAAAGAAUAUGAUGAAGAAAAUGAAAAUGUGGAAAACAAAACAGAAGACUUGGACAUAGAAUCAAUGUUAGCCGCAAUCCAUAAUGAUAAUCCUAACAACAAUGAGGAUACACAAAACAAAGCUUAAGAUUUAUACAACUUAAAUUGAUAUAAUAGAUACAAGAAAUAUUCCAUCAACAAGUUCCGUUGCCAAUAUAUGGUUUUUUUGUGCAAAUAAACAUCUUGUUCAUCUUCAAAUUAUGUUGCAAAUGUGGAAUCCAACAAAGCGCCCUUAUUGGUUUAUAUGGACUCAAUUACUCGUAAGGUUUAAAGUAUAAUUAAUUAUAUACAUUAAUAAUAUUAUAUUUAAUUAUAAGAAUAAUACAUUUAUUUUCUUCAAGAGA